AUGGUAAAAUGCAGCCACUCUUGGCAAUUCGAGUCCAUAGCAGCAAUGAAGUUCGCACUUUCACUCACAUCCACCCUCAUCGGCUUCGUACCAUCUCCGUUUUGGGCACUGGUAUAUCUCCCCGGUGUGAUCGCUGGAACGGCUGGAAACAUGUCUUUGGUCGGAUCGAACUUUACCCAUUCGAUGGUCACAAUCACUGCCGUAUUCGGCUCCCUUGCCAUCACUUGUGCUGUCUUGUCAGUCAUCGUCGCUCUUAUGCUUUGGCAUGGGAAAGACCCUUGCGCAUCGGGAAUACUUAUUGGCUUGAUUGGAUACCUGUCGUUUAUACCAUUUGUUCUGGUAUUUGGGGCUUUGUACUCGGAUUGGGUGUUGGCUAUUGUGGGGAAUAACCUUGUUGGCUACCCGUAUACAGGGAGUAAGAUUGCUAAAGUCUUGUGGGUGUUAUAUAUGGUUGGAAAGAGGCUGAACUUGUUCAUGGCAUGA